AUGGCGACAAUGCGCGAAUCACCCGACAUGGCGAAUGGCUCCAAUUCAUCUCACAGGGCCAACGGGAAACGAAGAGCCCCCGGAAGCCGCAAAAACAGAACGGCGACCCCCUCCGACGAGAACUAUGAAUACGAUGAGCAAGGGGACCCAGACACACACUACAAGAGCACGAAAGAUCCCGGUGCACCAGGGCCAGGCAGAUCAUUCUCUACCAGAGCCCAAGAUUACCCUGAGGGGAAUUUGAAUUAUACUACUCGCAAACCAGUUCCUUCUUCGGCAUCAGAAGAACUUGAAGAAUCCACGACACCACGGAAUCUCCCGACUGGAGAGUAUCACCCAGGGCUGAGCGCUGGUAUGCCAGAGAUCCAGAUUCAGCAACCAGUCUCGCCGCCGGCUCAAGGCUUGGGUCCAGCCCCGAAAAGGUCAAACACAACUCGUUCAACCAAAACCUCAACAGAUUGGGCACCAGACCGUUCACCGCUCCAAAGGCUGGAAGUGACCUUGACCGGAAUCAGCAAAGAAGAAAAGCGAUUGAGGGUUCAAGAGGCUGAGGCGAAAGUCCGGGAACGCAUUGCGCGACAGAAAGCUGAAAAGGAGAAAGCCGACUCAGCAGCCGCCGUGACUCGAGAUGUCCCAGCGCAACGUCCGCAGCCAGAGCCCAAACCAGUUUCUGGCCCUGGCAGGAGAGGAGAGCACAGGGAUAUCCCAGUGCAGGAGCCUGUGCGCACUCCAGCUGCUGCCAUGGCAGCACCGGCACCACAAAGACAGCCUCAGCCCGGAAACACCGCAGUGCGCCAUAAUAGAGCGGUUUCCUCAAAUCCGCAAUAUGCAGCAAUUCGCCGUCCUGAAGAUCCCCAAUUUGCUCGUGCAGAAGCUGCGAUCCCAGCAGCAGUAAAGAUGGGAAACGUGCCUAAGAGAUCGGUCACAGUGAGCGGACCUGCGGCGAAACCUGCACCAAACCCGGCACCUGCAAACACUAUGAGCCAUAGCCGCUCAGUGUCUCAAGCAGGUCCUCGGCCAAUGCCACCCACUCUAAGAGCUGAGAGAACAGAUGAGCUUCUCACAGCGUCCGAAACACCUCAAGAGAGCGCUGAGUCACAGACCAAGCCAAAGAAGGCAUCUGUGUCAUUUGAUGUCCCGCCACCUACACCCCCGCCUAUCUUCGAAUGGAGGAACGCACAGCCCGGUCGGCUUGAGGCCUCUGACUUUGAUUUCCAACAUGUUGAUAUGGAACGUGGUAAGGCGUGGUGGGAAGGUGGUGGUAAUAAAGAUCGCCGGAAGAGCAGAGCUCUUCCUAAGAAUUACCAGACUCCUGCUCAGAAGUUGACCGGAGUAACUGGGCACAAGACCUUUGAACCGCGUCUCUUCUUACGAUGUGGUCCUUUGCUUCGAUACACCGGCAUCCACAAGGUUCCAAUAGAUGGAGCCAGUGGUCCUAUCUUCAAGCAUAUCUGGCGAGGCUCUAUAAUGAUAGUAACCAAAGAUUCCCGCUCCUCCUAUGACACUCCACCAACACUGCGACUAUUCUCCCAACCGAUGGAUCUCCUCCCCCCUCCACCAGUGGAAAUCAGCCGCGAAGACGGUGUCCAAUUAGCCCCCGAAUACGUGGACCCAACCGCCGGUCUCAUGAAAGUCGGCCGAGAUGGACGACCUCUCUACGUCAAGCCAGUCGAGCACAUCGAAGAACAAGCCGAUCUCUCAUUCGUCGAAAACGACGACGGCAUCUACGAACUUUCACCCAGCCUAAUCGAUUACACAAGCGAGGGCAUGAAGCAGCCCAUCCCCUCAAACCGAAUGCACCCACUAGAUGGCGAGACAGCAGGACUACACCGAGAUAUCCCAGGAGUUCGUCUAUACGCCGAUACCGCAAGAGACGUGACAUUCUGGCGCUUCAACCUAGAAGUUGAACAAGCCGCAAGCCAACAACGAAUCGCCUACCGCAUCAACCAAGGCCCAGCCUUAGGCUUCUGGGUCCCACCCGCCGGGGAAUCAAUGAACAUAAUGUUCCACAGCGGCAAUGGAUUCGGUCCAAAUGCAGACUCAGACCGCGUCUGCGGUCCUGAUCCCCUAUGGCGAGAUAUCCUCAACGAACACCAGACCCGCCCGUUCCAUGUUAUGAUCGGAGGCGGAGAUCAGAUCUUCAAUGACUCCGUCAUCACUGAGUCCGCGUUCUUCCAAGAAUGGAUUAAGAUCAAGAAUGCUGCUGAGCGAUACGGCGCGCCGUUCACACCUGAGUUCCGCGCUGAAAUUGAACAGUUCUAUCUUGACCGGUAUGCGGCGUGGUUCUCGCAGGGUCUGUUUUCUUUAGCUAGCUCUCAGAUUCCCAUGGUCAAUAUUUGGAAUGACCAUGAAAUAUUUGAGGGCUUUGGAUCUUAUCAUGAUGAUUUCAUGCAGACUUCUGUCAUUUCUGGACUAGGCAAGAUUGCUUUUAAGUAUUAUUUGCUUUUCCAGCAUCACAGUGUCCCUGAUGAGACCGAGAUGGACGAGCCUAGCUGGCUUCUUGGCGCGCAUCCUGGUCCGUAUAUUGAGCAGAGGAGCAGGAAUCUGUUCAUGUCUCUUGGUCAGGGUGUUGCAUUCCUUGGCCUUGACUGUCGUACUGAGCGGCGGAGCAAUGAGGUUCUCAGUGAAGAGACCUGUGAUCUUCUGUGGGAUCGGUGCCACAGAGAGAUUAUGAAGGGCGAGACGAAGCAUUUGAUUGUGCUUUCGAGUGUUCCUGUUGCGUACCCUCGGGUGGCAAUGCUCAAGAGCUAUAUGAACAGUCGCAAAUCUCUUGGCAAGUCUGGUGUUCUCGGUGGGCUUGUCAAUCGAUCUGGCGGAAAUGUGGAGGUCUUCGAUGAUCACUGGGCUGGCAAACAUUUGAAGUCGGAAAGAACGUGGUUGGUCGAGGACCUCCAGGAUUUGGCUGCAGAGAAGUCCAUCCGGGUGACGAUUCUAAGUGGUGAUGUUCAUCUUGCUGCCAUUGGACAGUUCUACUCGAAUCCCAAGAUGGAUGUUCCCAAGGACCAGGAUUACCGUUAUAUGCCCAAUGUCAUCUCCUCUGCCAUUGCAGACAUUCCUGAAACUGAUCUCAUUGCGGACAUGCUCAACAAGCGGAACACAGUUCACCACAUGGACUCCAACACAAAUGAGGACAUCAUUCCCAUCUUCACCCAGGAUGUGAAUGGCAAGCCUCGAAACAACAAGCGACUACUCCCCCGUCGAAACUGGUGCUCAAUCCGCGAGUAUAAGCCCGGCUCUACUCCCCUCGAUACGCCCGAGUCAGAGGUGACAGAAACCCCCGAGUCCCGUCCCGGUGUACUCAAGCGAACUCUGUCACUGGGCCGAGGAGAUAAAGCAGGACCUGGGCCUGGAAAGCCAGGUCUUCUCCGCCGACUCUCAAACCGCGGACCACCCCCAACACGAACAAUGAGCUUUAACCGUGGCGAUGAAGCUGGCUUCAAUCGCCGCGCCAGCGUGGACAGCCACUCCCAACCCGUCGAAAACGGCGACAGCUACUUCCCCUCCGCACCACCCCCACGGCCAGGAACCUUCCACCGAAGGCCAACAAACCUCAGCCUCAAAGCCGCCAGGAAAUCCGCCAAAACAGGCGACGACGGCGCAGGCACCUUCAUCAACCUCGAAGGCGGACUAGCUAUAACACUCAACCUGGAAAUCAGCCCAGCAGACCCAGCAGGCAUCACAGCACCGUACAAACUACUCGUGCCAGCACUCCGGUACAACGGCACCGAAUACGACCCCCCACCAACCCAAAUCGUCAAGGGAUGGCGCAAGUUCCUACCCAGACGAAACAAGCGCGACACCGAGAAGCGCGCCGAUGGCGAUGAACACGACAACGACGAUAUCAGCGAUGAUGAUGAACAAGAUGAUUACGAGGACCAUGAUCUUAUCAAUAAUACACGUGCCAAUGCUGCUACUAGUCAUCCGCAGUACCCACACCCACACCAGCAGUACGACGGUUAUCCAGGAAGUGAAGAGGAGGAUUCUGAGGACGAGGUUCCUCAGCGGUUACCUGCGCAGAUGAUGGCGCCGCCGCAGACGACUUCGCGGUCGCCCGAGGUGGAGGAGGAUGAUGAGGAAGAAGAAGAAGAAGACGAAGAGGAAGAAGAGAUGAAGCAGCGUCCUAAGAAGAAAAAGUGGUUUGGGGUGAUAUAA